GUUCAGUCUUCUAGCCAUUCAACCUGCGAGGAUUGGCAUUUUCACGCAGUAGCCCAUUCAAAACACAUCGGUCUGGAUUCUCUUCAAAAAAAGCCUAUAACUUCAGUCUCAACGGAUUUUUCGCCCUGAAAACUUUGAGUCCUAAGCUCCACACACUACCUUUUAUACUUCAGUUUAGUUUUUAUUUUAUUUUAAGUUGUCUUUGAUUUGCGAUUAGUGAGAUACGACCAGAGAUACACCAGUAAAAUGUGCUCCAACACAAAAGAACGUGCCACUCGACUCCACGAACCUGGCAGAGUAUGUCGGGAGUUUUUAUACCUUCGCUCCAAGGUGCCCACUAGAGAAGUACCAGCUUUUACACACCAGGCUCUACAGCCCAACACUGUGGUGAAGCCACCUCCCAAAAUUGACAUCUUCAAGCGGAAACCUGUGAAGGAGACUGUCUUCAAGAUCUACUUCAACCGGGGCGACAUUCCGUGCGUUAUGUCCGGACGGAGCAGCAAACAGGACCCGACCAAGGAGCGGCCAGUAAAGUGGCACUGUGUACCCGAGGACCUCGACUACUGCUACUAUCUGCCCAUCUUUGUGGACGGACUGGCGGACAUGGAUAGCGACACACGGUUGCUGGCCAUCAAUGGGGCCAUGGAUCUCAUCAUGAGAUCGCCGAAAAAGGUCCUGCCCGUGCUGCCCAAGCUGAUCCUGCCGCUGAAGAGGGCCUUUCAGACACGGGAUAAGAAAAUCAUCAUAUCUGCCCUUCAGGUCAUCCAGCUGAUGGUGCGUUUGGGCCCCUGUGUGGGUCAGGCUCUCGUCCCCUUCUACCGGUCCCUGCUCGCCGUGUGCAACCUGUACAAGAAUAUUAACGUAAACCUGGGCGAGGGCAUUGAUCCCGACCGCAGCUGCCGCAUAGGUGACGUCAUCGAGGACACCCUCAAGCUGCUGGAGUACUGCGGUGGUCCGAACGCCUUCAUCAACAUCAAGUACAUGGUGCCCACCUACGAGAGCAGCGUCUUCCCCAAGUGCGAGGCGCCGGAGCCCCGAGAAGCCUGAAGUCUCUGCUUUCCGAGCUUUUCUGAGCAUCUUCCCUAACACUCCACUUCUGAGUUUGACUUUGGAUUCCGAUUGGGUUUUAGUUAAAUACUCGCGCCAGAGUGAAAAACAACUAAAUUGGAAUGUGAAAUUUGAAAUUAGAGUAGAGUAAAAACACCAAAUUUUAGGCAACAGAUGACAAAGUAUAUUUGUUAUGUGGAAUUUUAAAGCUUAAAAAUGAAAACUCUUUAAAUCCCGUAAUGUAUGCUCACUUUUUAAAUCAUCUCAGAUCCAUAAAAUUAUUCAAUCAGUAUGAAAUAUAUAUUAUUUCUUUUAA